GAGUCAUGUUGCUACAGACGCCCAUCUAGCAACAGCGCAUGCGCGGACAGAACAGCAACAACGCACCCAGGGUACUACGCAGCAAACUAACUCUUUUGAGGAUUCUGAGGAAUGGCGGUGAAUGUGCACUCCACUUCUAUGACCAUAGAGAACAUGAGUAGACAUGACAUGCUCGCUUGGGUCAACGAUUCUCUGCAGCUCAACUACACUAAAAUAGAGCAGCUCGGUUCAGGUGCAGCAUAUUGCCAUUUUAUGGACAUGCUGUUCCCAGGGUGUAUUCCUCUGAAGAAAGUGAAGUUUCAGGCCAAACUGGAGCAUGAGUACAUCAAUAAUUUCAAGGUGCUACAAGGAGCCUUCAAGAGAAUGAAAGUAGACAAGAUCAUCCCGGUUGAAAAGCUGGUGAAAGGUAAGUUCCAGGAUAACUUUGAGUUUCUUCAGUGGUUUAAGAAAUUCUUUGACGCAAACUACGACGGGAAAGAGUACGACCCUCACGCAGCACGACAAGGCCAUGAAGUCUCGCCUACACCCAAACCAGAGUGCUUGAUUGGUGUAGGACCACAGAGGACUUCACCAACAGUGCCCAAAACCGUGCCAACUCCUCAGCGGCCAAUCAGCUCUGUCCCGACAAAUAUUAAACGGAGCAUACCUGUGUUACGGAACGGAGGAAGUGAGGCAGAGCUUAUGGAACUCAACCAGCAGCUGAUGGACCUGAAGGUGACCGUGGAUGGCCUGGAGAAGGAGAGAGACUUUUACUUUGGCAAACUGCGUGAUAUCGAGCUCAUCUGCCAGGAGCAUGAGAGUGAAAACAACCCAGUCCUCGCGAAGGUUUUCGACGUCCUCUAUGCUACUGAGGCUGGUUUUGCUCCUCCAGAGGAUGAUGAAAUUGCUGAACACCCACAAGACCCGGACGAGUACUAAACUCUUUAAAAACGUUGCUUCACCUGAUAGCAAAAUGUCCAAAUGGUUCGCAUUUUGCAUUCAUGAUUUUAAAUUCUUUUGGGGUUUUGAGAGGAUGUUUCUACUAUAGAGAAACUAACUUAUAUGUUUGGGGAAAAAAAAAAAAAAAAGAAUAACGAGUGAUCAGAGAGACCCUGUGAAUUUUACAGCUGUGUGAACAAGCCUGGAUUCCAGCUGCAUUUCAUCCCAUACCUUCUCGAACGAAACGAGUUCAGCAUCGCGGCAUGUGAGCAAUGACACUACUAAACUGAGAUGAGUGCAUGUAGAAUUAUGAACAGGACGCUGAAAAUUCACGUCCACGUAAAUGUAUUUUGGUAAUCUGGAAAAAUUAAAGCUAUGUUCUCUCUGAUUAUUGAGCUCGAGCUUAGUGUGUGCACUUUGGAGCUGUAAUUUGAGCUCGAAGCUGAAUUUUGAGAUAUAUAUGUAUAUUUAUUUAUUAAAGAUACAAUGAGACGCUAAAACCAGUUCGUAGCAACAACCUGGGUUUCAUUUUAAAAACAAAAUGAACAUUGGAGUAAAAACAUGACAACAUUAGUGGUGGAUAUUUGUUGCUGACUUUAGUGACUAAAUUAUAAAACUGACUUUUUAGCUACUAUGUCAGUGUUUGUUUAUUAUUUUUUUUUAUUAUUUUUCAUAUUUCACAUGCAUUAAUGCCAUAAAGGUUGAUUUUGAUUGACAGGAUCUGUCUGUAACUUGUUAGUUUUGUCCUUCAUUUAUUUGAGUUUUACUAUGUAAAAUAAAGUGUAUUCUGGCAACAAAAGUGUUUUUCUUUGCAUUUAAGCACGGUUUAUGUCUCUCCGACAUAUCCUAUCCUAUGUUUUCAGCUCAAUAUAGUUGAUUUUGAAACUGAACACAAACAAUCAGAUUAAUUGUGAACUUUGUAUGAUCUCUGGCCACCUAGGAUAGAUUUUUGACUGACGUGUUAGAAAGCCCUUUCCACCACCAUCAUCAAAACGCCAAUUGAGCAAAUAUCUUUUUGGAAGAAUGGGCCGUCCAGUACAUUUCCAAAGACUUGUAUACUUGAUGCCAAAGCACACUGAAGCUGUUCUGGUGGUUAGGGGUGGCCCAAAACCCUUUACAAAGACUUUUGUUGAUUUUUUCCUUUAGUUUGUCACUUGCCACAUGUGUACGUUUACCUGUGUACCGAAUAAAGUCCCACUUUCAAAAUCA